AUGCGAAACGCCCAGCAGAGUGAACAUCUCGAGGCCACCGGCGGUUGGGCCGAGCAGUUGCAGGGUCUUUAUCGUGCGCUGAGGGAACUGGACAGACCGGCGUCUGAGCUGGGGGUUCCGCAUCCCCACGGGCAGGAAUGGUACGAACUGCUGGUUCACAAGCUGUUGCCGCAAGCCGAGACUCAGCCGUGGCUGGUGGUGGCCGUGGUGGGCGGAACGAACAUCGGCAAGUCGGUAAUUUUCAAUCAUCUGGCCCGCGAGGCCGCCAGCAGCGCCAGCCCAUUGGCCGCCGGAACCCGACACCCGGUGUGCCUUGUGCCCGAGGAGUUCGCCGAUAGCGAGCGGCUGGAAGAACUGUUCGAAGGGUUCGAGCUCGAGCGCUGGCAUAGCAGCGAUGACCCCCUGUCGAAAGAUCCGGAGAACAAACUCUUCUGGCGAACGAGCACCAGUGUUCCCCCGCGGCUGAUGUUGCUGGAUACGCCCGACAUCGACUCCGAUGUCCAGGUGAACUGGGAACGGGCCGAUGCGAUUCGCCAGGCGGCCGACGUGCUGAUCGCCGUUCUCACACAACAGAAAUACAACGAUGCGGCGGUGAAGAAAUUCUUCCGCCAGGCCGCGGCGGCCGACAAAGCGGUGAUCGUGGUCUUCAACCAGGUGCACAUUCAAGAAGACCGCGAGUACUGGCCGCAGUGGCUGCACACAUUCGUCGAUGAGACCGGGGCCCAUCCCGAGUUGGUUUAUGUCGUCCCGUCCGAUCGCGCUUCGGCCGGAGCGUUGUCCUUGCCCUUUUACUUCGUGGGGAGCGACGGACGUGCCCCGUUGGCCGAGCCUGCUUCGCUAAGCGACGAGUUGGCCGCCAUGCACUUCGAUGCAAUCAAGGUUCGCACGUUGCGGGGUGCCCUGCGAAGGGUGGUCGACCCGCGCGAGGGCGUGCCGGGUUAUUUGCAUUCGAUUCGCGAGGCCAGCAGCGGGUUUGCCUCCGCACUGGAGGUAUUGCAGUCGGCCAAUGUGGCCCGCGUGGAUUGGCCCUCACUGCCGCCGAAGAUUCUGGUUCAUGAAAUAUCGAAGUGGUGGGACGAGCGUCGUAGUGGAUGGUCUCGCAGCAUUCAUGGUGCUUACCGCACGGUGUGGGAAGGCGUCACGUGGCCGGUUCGCAAGGGCUGGGAAGCGAUGAACCCGCCGGCCCCCGACGCGAUGGAGCAGUUCCAGAACCAGGAACGAGAAGCCAUCACCAAGUCGGUCGAGCGACUGCUGGCCGAACUCGAACGGCUGGCCCAAGUGGGCAACGAAACGCUACGGCCGCGGAUGCAAGCACUGCUGGGUGGAGGUGCACGAGCGAAGCUGCUUAGCACGCUGGCCGCACGGCACGAAGAGCUGCCGCCGAUCGGGGACGACUUUCGCACUUACCUGCGAAAGGAACUGGACGCCUGGGCAGUCGAGCACCCGCAAGCCACGCGUUGGCUGCAAUCGGCCGAUCAUGUGGCGGCCAUCGCGCGACCGGCGAUCAGCGUGAGCUUGUUCUUCGGCGGCAUGAUGAUGAUCGACGGGGUGGCCGCGCAGGCCGCGGGACAAGCUGCUACUCAUCUGGCCACUGAAGUGACCGUGGCCAGUGGAAUCACCGGCGGGGGCGACGCCGUGGUUGCGGCUUCGGGUUCGGGAGUCGCGCGGGCGGCGGCCCGCCUGUUCGGCAAUCUGCAGCGUGGUUAUGCAGAACUACGGGUACGGUGGUUCUAUGAAACCCUGCAAGAUGUGCUGCUGGGUGACGUGAUUGCCGAGCUGCAGGCCAGCGAUUUCGCCAAGUUGCUGGCACCGGCCGCGGGUUGGUCCGACCGUGAGGACGGCAUGUUGAAGUCGAUCGAAGUGGUCUCCGGCUUGUUGCGCACGGUGCUGGGCCUGGUCAUCGUGGGCAUGCUGGGCGGUGGUGCCUGGUAUGGUUACCAGAUUUAUCACGCCCGCGAGUUGACCGAGCAGCGGUUGGCCGAUCGCGAACGGGAACUCGAAGCCCGUCAGCAAGAGCUGGCUGCCAGUCAGGCCGAAGUCGAACAACUCACCGGGAAGGUCGCCGAGCAGUCGGUGCAGAUCGACCGGCUCGAUACCGCCGUGCGACUGCUGAAGGUCGAUCACCGCGUAGCUCAAAUCGUGGUGGUUGGACAAGAACUCGGACCCGACGGUGAAGUGGAGACCACCACGUUCAACUUCGUCGAAGUCGACAACGACCAGAACGCUCUGGAGCAACCACGUACGUUCACCAUCGAGGGUGACCUGCUGUACAUCGACACCUGGGUGGCCAAGUUCGCCGACGAGCAUGUGGAGAAUGAAGAUCCGUUGCGGUCCACCUCCAUCUGCUUGUUCAAGCGACUGUUCAGCGAGAACCAGGCUCCCGUCGAUGGCUUCGUGCUCGACCCGAUUGGCAGCCGACCGGUGGCUUACAGUCGCGGUAGCGAGAUGACGGAACUCGAACGUGAUCUGUGGACGAACUUCUGGGACUACGCCAACGAUCCCGAACGGGCCGAAGCCACCGGGAUUCGCUCGGUGCACGGUGAAGCUCCCUCGAUCGAACUCCGCCGCGGCAACGUCUACAAGCUAACCCUCCGCGCCUCCGGCGGUCUCUCAAUCAACGCCGAACGCCUACCGCCGGGCUUGCAGCCGUUUGGGGCGUAG